AUGGUGAUUCUGCGGCCUCCCACGUUCUCCACAGCGAAACCGCCAGCGGACUUCGAGACUCCACUCAUCGAAUGGCUUGCCGAGACAUGGCAUGUCACUCAUAGCACGCUGCCCAUGUGGAAAUCAAAGCGAAAUGUGCGAAUACAGUACACGCCUCUGGAGCCUUCGGUCGCGUCAAUAUCGGCCGAUAACACAGACCGUCUCGAUGACCUCGUCACGUACCAAAGCUUGAAUGGCGAGAAGGUGUCAAAAGUAAAGGGCAUAGACAAGGCAGCCGGCUCGGGUGUAAAUCGAGGAGAGUGGGACUGGAGAGGCAAAGGCUGGCUGAAAGUGGCCUCGUCGCACUGGGAAGUGCUAGGAUGGGGUGAAGAGGCGAACAAUGGCAACAACAAGUGGGUGGUUACGAUGUUUGCGAAGACGCUGUUUACGCCGGCCGGAAUUGAUGUCUAUUCGCGGAGUAAGGAAGGCUUGCUGCAUGAGACACUUGAAGAGAUCAAGAUGGCACUGGCAAGCAUCGAUGACAGUGGUAUUGGGAAGUUGUCAGAAGCCAUCUUCGAGAUCAAGGUAGAUUCUGCCAGGAUGGACUGA